CCUGCGCUUUCACUCGGCACUUGGCGGACAGACGCGCGCAGAGCGGGCAGUAUAACGCUGCUGCUGCUUCUUCUGCUGAUUUCACGGCGGCUCGGUUCGUCACAGUCCCCAUCCAGUCACGCUGAAACAGUGUGGAAUUCCUUCACUCCUUGAUCGGGGAUGCGCAUCUGGACUGGAGAGUGUCCCGGGGACAAUUACGCGUCGAGGCACUCCACUGUACCUCUCCCUGUCCUCCUUCCCCCGCAUAGGAAAUAAACACAACGGCUGAGGACAGUUUGGCUGCUUUUGAUAGAAUGGCAGGCGCCAAGUGCCUUCUGAAGACGCCGAGUAACUUCCAGUCGUCUGCCAUGUUUGAAGGCUCAGAAUCUAUCGAGGUGGCGGGAGGUAGCACAGAGAGCACUGUGGCAUCAUCCAUCAGCGCCUGUAAGAAGGUUCUGUGCAGUAACAGCGUGCUGGACUCAUCGGAGUACUGGCUGAGGAAUGAAAAGGCUCUGUGCAGACUGGGACUGCUGGAUGACGACACGGAGGGCGGCUGCACCACGGUCUGUUUUGUAAAUCUGGACCCACAGAAAACUGACUGUCGAGAUGACAAAAGCGUCAAGAAAUUGGCAUCAGUGUCUCCAGACCUGCCAAAGCUUGUUGAGUUACUGACCGUCCACCAGCCGAAAGAAAAUGAAAUCCUACUGCUCGGUGGAUUAGAAGCCGCAGAAGCUUGCCAAGCACACCCACACCCCUCAGCUCAGGGCGGGCUGCAACAGCAGAGAUGUACAGGUGUGUGCCUGGUUCAGUGUUCAGGGAAGAGGCGCUCCACACAGCCUGGUAGCAUCAUCUUUGAGAUCAACAAGUUCCUGAUCGGCCUGCAGUGGGGAAAAGAGCGACAGUGUCAGCAGAGCAGAGCGGCCGGACAGCGAGUCGAUGACGACACCAAUCGCUCCAUCUCGUCCAUAGAAGAAGACUUCCUGACCGCCUCAGAGCACUUGGGGGAUGACAGCGAGGAUGAUGGCUUCAGAAAUGAGCCAGAGAGUGGUGAGCAGGGAGAGAGCGUGGCAGAAGCUGCACAGAAACAGUGUGUCAGACUUGCAAGUCACCGGGGACAGCUGGCGCGUCAUCAGAACAGGGAGGAUGCUGAGGUGAAAAAGGAAGGGCAUCAGCGAGCAAGCAUCCAGACUAAAGAGUCAGCGGGGCACUACGCCACCAAUUUAGCCGAGUCGGUACUGCAGGAUGCCUUCAUACGACUUUCGCAAGAUGAAACCUCCUUUGUCUCCGAGGCAGCUGUCAGUGUAUCACUCUCUAGCUGCCCUCUCAACUCGAAGAGCCCUUCAAAGACUAAAGAGCCUUCCCAACAGCGCACCUGCUCUUUUGAACUCCCGAAAAUCGUCAUUGUUCAGAGCCCAGACAAUUCCGAUGGGGCUGCAGAAUGGCCGGAGAACCAGGUGCCUCAUGUGUCCGACCACACUACCAAAGCUGGAGAAAAGGCACAGAAUGGGACACAGGCUCACAAUCCCUACGACAAUGGUGGACACACAUCCAAACACGUAGAAGUGGCUUUGGCCUGUGCUGCCAAUGUUAUUGGCACUAUUACUACCCCACAGCUAUCAGAACGGCUCGCCAUAGAAUCCGCUUCGGAAGAGGACGCAGAUGAGGAGCUGCAGGAAUCAGAUGAGAAAGGCGAAUACUCCUUCUCUUCAGCUAUGUGUGGCAUGGCCCAGGUAGCUGGUGCAGUAGCAGCUGUGGACUUAAUGGAAGAACCCGGAGAGGGCGGUGAUUCUGAUGUGGAUUGCACUGAAAUCUACAGGGCGUCCCGUGGUCUGAUGUCUGCUGCCGAGGCCUCUGCAGCCUUCACACUGCACUGCAGUGUGGCAGAGGGAACCAGUGUUGAAGCAUUUCGUGCCAACAUUGCUGAAGUCCUGCACAGGGAAGCAGCCGAGGUGCUGACUCAACCACAAGGCUACAGGAGUGUAGCCCAUCUGUUGGAGACCACGCAUAACAAAAUAGUAGAUGGCAUUACAUGUCCAAAAAAAAGCUACACGGAUGAAAGAGAAGUGGAUGAAUUAAUAAAUGAGGUGGCAGACAGCCUGUUCAAGCAUGCUUUAGAGAAAGCAAAAAAGAAAAAGGAACUGGAGGGUACUGGGAAAGAGGUGCCAAGCUUCCAGGUAUUUCUGCAAGACAGUGUAAACAAUUUGCUGUUUGAUAUUCUUUGCCUGACACAGAAGAAGAUCAGCCACAUCGCCACAUGCGAUCAAGGGUCAAGUGAAACACAAGAGGGUGAUACUUGCGUGAAGGAACCUGCUUACACCAAGGAGGAUGCCAAGGAUCCAUUAAGCCAAUUACAGUGCUUAUUUGGCCAUAAUGAGAAUCUAAGCAGCAUGCUACACUGCACAGAGAAGCUAUCCACAGGGCUGAAGGAGAAAUACGCGCUCGAGGAAAGAGAUCAACAGCAGCAGUCUUUAUGCAGACAGAAUCAAUCUAAACUCAUCUCCUUGCCUGCCAAAGACUUAUCUGACCACCAGCAGAUCCAGCAAGGCAACAGUGCCAUCAGAGACCCUUUAAGUGAAAUCCCAGUGCAAGGCACAGAGAGGAGGGGUCGACUGGGGACAGGUAGCGACAGCAGACAGGCCUCUCUGACAACUCAGUACUCCCUCAGCUCUUUGAGAAUGGACUCAGAGUCCAGGACACCUAUUACUUGCUAUGCUGAUGAUUUGGCUGCUACAGUGGUGUCUAUGGCCACAGAACUAGCAGCAAUCUGUCUAGAAAACUCCACCGGGAAACAACCCUGGUUCUGUGCCCUUAAAGGAUCUUCUGCUGAAGCCCCCGAGGCCUACUUAAUCCCUGCUUGCCGCACAGUGCUGAGGAGAAAAGAGGGUCAGAACAGCAAUUCAGCUUCCAGAAAACAUCGGGCACCCCGCCUAAGUGAAAUUAAAAGGAAAACAGAGGAGCAACCAGAGUUAAUGGAGCGGCUGGUCAACCGAGUGGUAGAUGAGUCGGUUAACCCUGAUGAACCACAGGACCCAUUUGCCCUCUUUGCCUCUGAGGUCACAGCUAGGAUCCUGAACUGCCCUGAACUCAAUGUGGUGGAUACCUCCAAAACAGGCCAGCAACGCAGCAGACUACAGUGUGAGAGGUGGAGCCGUGGAAAGGCAUCUAGUUAUGAGAGCAUUCCAGAAGAAGACGCAGACCAAUCCGGCACACCCAACACCCUGGGACCGGGCAGUCGGUUAGGUCAGAACUUGAGUCGCGGUAGCUCGAUUUCUAAGCAGUCCAGCUGCGAGAGCAUCACAGAUGAGUUCUCGCGGUUCAUGGUAAACCAGAUGGAGACUGAGGGCAGAGGCUUUGACCUUCUAUUGGACUACUAUGCAGGGAAGAAUGCCAGCAGCAUCCUGGCUGCUGCUGUACAACAGGCUGCAUCAAAGAAAAAUGGUCACCUUAAUGUCAGGGCAUCAUCGUGCCUAUCCAAACAGUCUAGCACAGAGAGCAUCACAGAGGAGUUCUACAGGUUUAUGCUCCGGGAUAUGGAUAAGGAAAACAAGGAAUAUGGCAUUGCAAAGACUAAAGAGUGGAGCAACAGCCUGUUCCCCCCUCCUCUUAGAACACCCUUCUGUAUACGACAGUCUUCUGUGCCAGACAGGCGCUCCUCAGACUCACGCCUGACUGUCAACUCACCCAUUAAAGCUAACUCUUUUGAUGGAUUUGCACGGAAUGUGCACGGAGACACACUGAAUAUCUACCCCACCAACUCAGUGUCAGCCACAGGGCUGUGUAAGUCAGACUCAUGCCUCUAUCAAAGGGGUAAGACUGACCAGAUUACUGAUAUGCUAAUUCACGAGACCUGGUCAAGCUCCAUUGAGUCCUUGAUGAGAAAGAACAAGAUCAUUGCUGAUCCUGAAGACAGUAUUGAUUUGGAAGCUGCAGGAGACUCCCAGCCCCAUGUGCAGCAAUUUGCCAAUCGCCUGGCAGCUGACAUAGUGGAUAUUGGCAAGUCUGCGCUCGGGGGACAGCAAGAUGUAGGUGGAGGCGCACCUGGGUCACAUCCACAGGCGCACAUGCCUGUUGGUGAAAGGAGGAGGGGCUUCAGACAAUCCCAUCUAAGUUGUAGCCGGAGUAGGUCGAGCCAGGAGCCAGCGGGCAGCGUAGGGUCCGGGGGAAGCGACAGCGGGCCGGCUUGCAUGAGGGGCCCCAGAAAUGUGCCGCUGAUCCACAUCGAAGGAGAUCAGAGAGAUGAAGAGACUCUUUCAAACCCUGCGAGACCAGGGGGACCUCAAGAAACAUCCUCAGACACGUCAGCUACCAAGCAUACAGAGAGAGCUCCCACAAACAGCAGCAGUGACAGGGACAGGACAGCUGUGGCGGUGGCUGCAGUAGUGAAGAGGGACAAGCGUUCUAUGAGUGCUAGCAGUGAAGAGAGCAUGGGGAGCUGGUCUCACAUAACCCCCGAAGAUGACCCCCACGAGGAGACCAGUAGUUUUAUCCACCUGAGCGAGGGGAAUGGGACCAGUAGCACGUCCAGCUUAGGCCUGGUAGACCUGGAUUCUUUUUCUGAUGUGCCCUCUCAAAGCACAGUAAUCCAUGAGGAGACUGAGAGGGGCCAUCUGGCGGGAGCCAAAGAGACUGCAUUUGAGAGCAGUUCAGCGAGGACAGCAGGCGACGGAAGCAGCGUCGGGGAGCUCUUGGUGGUAAACUGUGACCUCGAGCCAGAGUGUGUGGACUCGGAGCUGAGAGUGGCCCUACAAUGGAUUGCAGCCUCGGAGCUGGGCCUUCCCGCUCUCUACUUCAGGAAGUCCAAAGAGAAGAGAGUUGCAAAGUUCCUGAGGGUGGUCCACCUGAUGUCUCAGAAGGCCUGGCGAAUUGCAGACUUGUUCAGUGCUGUGGUUCAGUUCUGUAAGCUGCAUGAGAAAGCAGAAGAGGCAGGCAAGUCUCUCCAGUCGAGCCUGUUUGAUUGGCUGCUGGAGACACUUUAGGACAUGCUAGCCGCCUCACAUCGCAAACACCACAAGCUCACUCAUUCUCUCGCAUUUGUAACACGUUCCUGUUUGCCGUGUCCUGUCUCGUUAACACCAAGUGUCUCCUACUGCAAGCUGAAAGCACGACGCAAUCGGCAUACUUGAGAAAUUCAUACCUCUCACCCUUGUCCAGGUUUUUUUGGCUGUUCGCAGCUGCAAUGGACCGAUCUCCCUUUAAAAAGAGCAUGUCCUUGCUUUCAGAGUUACCUCUCUAGCAAGAUGCACAACAUACAGCAAACUGUAGAUGCACAGGUUGGACAUUUCCUGAUAGGAAUGAACUAGCCGUCCAGUGACUAUUUAAAGUCAGCAGGUUCUAACUGCUCCAGAUUAUAUAGAACAAUAUAUAUUUACAGAUUCACACAACCAAACCAUGACUAUUUAUUCAUUCAGAGAAAGGCACCUAUAGAACAUACUGUAGGAAAAUCAGGUUAUAAUCCUCCCGCACCUCAACAUGCUCAAACCUUUUGUAUUAAAAAAAAAAAAGCUAAGUCCAGAAAAGCUCUGACACUUUCUUCUGAUAGCCACAUUGAAGUGCACAUUUAUGUAACUUAAGCAGGAUAUCCAUAUUUUUGUUGUAUUGAUUGGCUAACGAGCCACAUCUGUUGUGACUUUGAAAUUCAGUAUGAUAUUUUAUUCAUGUUACUUGAGACGGGGUUAUUUUGGAUAGCUGUACUGUAUAUACUGUAGAUUUGGAACUGCUGCACCUUGGAGUAGUGAACCGCUCUUUUAGCUUUUACUGUGUCUAAAAGACAGGGUAAGGUUUGUAAUGUUGAAUUUGUAUGUGGAUUUGGUCUGUAUAUUUCUCUACUUAGUGGUAAUCUCAUGUUACAUCAGCAUUGGGGAGGGAGGGGGAGCACACGAUUCAGCUGUAAACACUGUCA